AUGUCGUCAUAUGUGGAUAAACUGGAUAUAACACAAAAACAGUUGAGGUUUUUACACAAGCAGUUUAAGGAAAUAAUAGAUGAAAAGGUACGAACGGCCUUACCUGAAUCAUCAGAAGACGAUCAAGUAAGCCAAGAGAUACAGCUUCAACUGGAUCAAUUCCUCAUGGAUGUACUUGAGAUGGCAGGCGAGUCCAUGAACGUUGUAGAUGCCGGAAAAGGCACUACCGUGAAAAGCGUCAUACAAGAAGUACAGAAAGAGUACACCGAACCCUUUGACGUGGAAUUGAACGAAAAAGUGAGAAAGUUAUAUCAAGAAUGGGAAGACGAGACAGUAAAAGUAUCUAAACUACGAAGGGAAGCCCCACAGGUCGCUGUCUCUGAAUAUACAAAACAAGAAAACCAACUUCUCGAAGAGAUUGAUUCCUUGAUUGCAAAGAUGGACAGCAGUCAACCUAAUCUUCAGAAUGAAGAUCAGGACGAAGGCCAAAACGAGGAAAAAACACAAGAAUAUUGGAACCAAGUUGCAAAUCAAUACGGGUCCAUAUUAACGUCGCUCAAGGAAAUAAACGACAAAAUACCGACUCACGAAUCGAAACAAAAACGGCUACGACUUUUACUCGAUCUUAUAGAAAAGGAAGUAGCCACUUAA